UAGCCGCUUUAGCGCCGCCUGUGCGUGUUGCGUGCGACUCUUUGCGGGACCAACCGUGCGAUUGAUCCCGUGGUGUCAAAAAAUCGUGGGGUUCUCAGACGCGAUUUUUGUAUGCCGCCCGCAGUCGCGGCCCGUGCCCGAGACACUUGCAUGUCAGCCCGCGCCGGCGUCAAACGCGCGAUUUAAUUAUGAUCAAGCUAUUCUCGUUGAAACAAGCGAAAAAAGAUGGCGAGUCACCCAAGGCUGGCACCCAGAAAAAGGCGUCCGCGGCACAGCUGAGGAUCACGAAAGACAUAAACGAGCUCAAUCUCCCGAAAACGUGCGGCACGGAAUUCCCGGAUCCCGACGAUUUGCUAAGCUUUAAAUUAAUCAUCUGCCCGGAUGAAGGAUUUUACAAAGGUGGUAGGUUCGUAUUUAGUUUCAAAGUCGGGCCCAAUUACCCGCACGAGCCACCUAAGGUAAAGUGCGAGACUCAGGUUUAUCAUCCUAAUAUCGAUUUGGAUGGUAAUGUGUGCCUCAAUAUCUUGAGAGAAGACUGGAAGCCUGUGCUCACGAUCAAUUCCAUCGUCUAUGGUCUCCAGUAUCUCUUCCUAGAACCAAAUCCUGAGGACCCAUUGAAUAAGGAUGCGGCCGAGGUUCUACAAAACAACAGAAGGGCUUUCGAGCAGAACGUAGCGAAAGCGAUGCGCGGUGGUUACGUAGGAUCCUAUUAUUUCGAACGGUGUCUCAAGUGAUACAGUGCCUCGCUGUCAAUACUGUACACGCUUCUCUAAGGACUCACUAUAGGUGAAGACAUCCUAAACUACGGAAUGGAUGUAGGACCACACGGUGUCCUCAUUGUCACUUGCGUGAUAACAUUAACAUAUUUACUUUCUUUGUUUCUUGCCAGGCCUAUAUACAUUUAAUUGGAAAACACUUUUUUUUUAGCAAACCUGGGGUAGAGACGGGGGGGGGGGAUAGGGUGCAUGAAUUAAAUGUGUCGUUCACCGUUUUCGAUGAUUACCAGAAAUGUUUAUUGGCCAUGGCAUUAUUUUAGUGAAUUUGAAGUGCAGUGUUGAAGGGAUCGUAGAAUUAUAGUUUGACAUUCGGCAGAUAAUAGAUGUUACGAUGCGAGAUAUUUGAUUGUGCCGCAUACAAUUCUGGACCCGAAAUUAGACUGUUUCUGGAUCCCGAAUUUUUAAACUUGUUUUGUGGUUUUAUAGGUACCCCUUAAUUUAUGAAAUAUUUAUUUUCUAGGAGGCAUAACCCAUUUUCAUAAUGACUUUUCACCGUAGCAUCUAUCAAAAUCUGCUUUUCAUUUGAAUAUAUGUACAAGUAACUUAUGUAUUGACUGAGAAUGGAAUAUAAGGCUGUUACAAAACUGCAAGUAUUUUGUUUCGAUUGUCGCAAGCAGCAAUUUUUAUUCCCGACAAAACAGGUCUCGUUGUAGAGUACGUGAAAAUAACGGUCCGAUGUCCUUUUAUGAAACCGAAUUUAUUUCACACUAAGCGAGGAAAUUGAUUUGCUUUGCGUACAAGUACAAACCUUAUAGCAUCUUACAGCAGUCGCUAACAACUAUGAGAUUAUAAUAAAAUUGUGAAAUUUAUCAUGCUACAAAAUUUAAUUUAUUAUCGUACUCCAUAAUUACUAGAAAUAUUGGAAAGUAUAUUUUGAACAUCACGCUUGUACAGUCUAUUAUAAAAUAAUUGAGCAUAUCUCAAUGUAGUUUAGACAAAAUUCAUAAUGCAAGAAUCACAAAGAUACUUAUGUAAUAAAGUGUGUUAAAAUGUGCCACCGAUACUUCUUUCUGCUACUUGCUCUUGUAUUGAUGUAUAAAUCAGAAUAUUUAGGUAACGUCGUAUAUAUAUAUAUAUAUAUCUCUCUCUCUCUCUAAUCUGUAUAAAUUUUGGAAUUCAUAAUAGUAAAAUAUGUAUAAUCGCUGGUGAAAGAAUAAAAGAUAAUUAAGGAGAGUAAUUGUAUCCACACAAGUAUGUACGAAAGAUACUUUGUUUACUCAUCUUUUAGCAACAAAUUAUAUUAUAAUAAAGUUUAACUUUACUAUCUUUCUAAACUUUCAAUUUAAAACAUAAUCUAUGCUUGUGAAUUCCAAAUUACAAUUGCGUAUUAUUUUGUUUACAAAAUAUGUUUAAUUAGACACAAAUUAUAAGAAAGAGCUAAAUGCUAUUCCACAAAACAUAUUGUAAACUUGAGAAAUAAAGGUCUUGGAUAAAUAAA